UAAGGGGUCAUUUUGUUCGUAAAGCGAUUUUCUAAAAAUUGUACGCAUUAUGUCUAGAUCUCGGAUUCAUAGUUUUCGAGAUAUUCUACUAUUAAGUUAAAACAACGUGCAUUCUGCUAUUAACAUAAGAAAGAAUCGAAGGUCGGAAAAGAUCGGGCAUCUUCGAAGUUUUUCGAAGCAGGUUUGAAUACGUUUAUUGUUCCUCAGUGCGUAAUUGACUGUGUUAUCAAUAGAGAGUGAUACAUUAUACAGUGACACAUAAAAGUGCGUCAUUUUGUAACGACUAAAAUGGAUUUACAAGGGCAUUUUGAACGUCCAGAAAUUAUCAACAACCCUAUAUACCAACUUUUAUUAAAUUCAGCUGAUGGCAAAAGUGUUUUAAAAUAUUAUCGAGAUAAUGGAUGCUUGAAGAAAACCUUAAGAAAUUUACUCAGCAGACUUAUACUCAGCCCUGAAAAAGAUAGACAAUUAGAAACAGUUCUCCAAGUGCCAAAUAAAGAUAUUUUAGAAAAAUUUCACAUUAAUAGUGAACGAUUUAUUCAGUGGUCCGAGGAUAUUGAAAAAUUAUUGUUUUUUGGGUUCCACACCUUCGGAAAAUGCAACCGUCAUAAAAUUACUAGCGUAAGAAGAACUGCAUGCAGUGGAAUGGUUAAAAGUAAAUCUUAUCCCACAUAACACAGUCAGAGAUCAGUGGAAAAUUGUGUACUCUCUACGUCAAAAAUUAUUGAAAAACGGGUGUUCAGUCGAU